UCGCAAAUCGACAUAGCCCCGCUGUCCUUCCAUCAUGGCUAUUCGCAUCCAUGUAAAAUGUAUGUCCGACAGUAUCCCCGGUAAUCCUGCCGACCGGAGGAUGGCGAUGGCAAAUCUCAUCUGUCAGUACAAACUUGACCGUGACUUCGACGCGAGCCGCGACUACCUGCGAUCCGUCGGUCAAUAUGCUGUCGAUCGAGUCCGAUGCCAGUUCCUCCUAGACAUUGGGCCACGCGCAAGUAAAGAUCCAACGGGUUGGUCCUAUAAAUGGGACGGGAAACAGUUUCACGCCAGGGAGGUCACACCGCCGCUUAUUUGGUACCUCACCAAGACAUAUCCGUUCCAUCCAGACCCAGCCACACAGAAAGUUCUUACGGGUAAGGAACUCAGGACCGCCUGCGGCGAAGAAGCUUACCGGAAGUUGGUUUCAAGCCGAAUCAAGCAGAAGCAGAGAUGGGGCCUCGAGCUUUCACUCGAGGAUACAGAGUUCCUUCGGCAGGCAGCAGAAGACACUAAGAUAACUGAUACAUCAUAAAGAAAACUGGAUAAAUGCC